CAUACAAAAACCUUCCCCAAAAAUCCUAGUGAAAAGAAAUGCCUUCUCCCUCUCCCUCUCCCUCUCCCUCCUUCUCCUGCUUCUUCCCGUUUCCCUCUUGACAACUUUCAAUGGCCUUUCAAUCCGAUCACCAAACCCCACAGUCCAUAAACUCGCAAACCCUAUACUACAAAUCCCUCACUUCACUUUCCCUCCAAAUCCCUCCAACCCCACCAUCCUCCCUCUCUCUCCCUCCUUCUCUCCCUCCUUCAAAACUCAUCCCCAAAACCCGUUUCCUCAUCGACGGAUUCCGCUUUUCCUCCCCUUCUGUCACCGCUUACUUCCUCUCCCACUUCCAUUCUGACCAUUACACUGGUCUUUCCUCUCAUUGGUCUCAAGGUAUCAUUUUUUGUUCCCCAGUCACUGCCUCUCUUGUUACUAGUAUCCUUAAUGUCCCUGAAUGUUUUGUCUUUUCGCUUCCUCUGAAUCGUGCUGUUGAUAUUGAUGGUGUUGAAGUUAGUUUAGUUGAUGCUAAUCACUGUCCUGGCGCUGUUCAGUUCUUGUUGAAAGUGCCCAUUUGUAAGAAUUUAGAGAAUUUUGAGUUGUAUGUUCAUACUGGUGAUUUUAGGUACUCUUGUGAGAUGAAAGAUGAUGUUUUUUUGAGAGGUUUUGUGGGGUGUAAUACGGUUUUUUUGGAUACUACUUAUUGUAAUCCGAAAUUUGUCUUUCCUUUACAAGAAGAGUCGGUUGAUUAUGUUGUUAGUGCGAUUGAGAAGAUAGGAGGAGAGGGGUUUAGUGGGGGUUUGGAGAAGAGGGUUCUGUUCCUCGUGGCUACUUAUGUGGUGGGGAAAGAGAAGAUUUUGGUUGAGAUUGCACGGAGGUGUAAUAGGAAGGUCUAUGUGGAUGAGAGGAAAAUGGAGGUUUUGAGGGUUUUGGGGUACGGGGAGAGUGGGGUGUUUACAGAGGAUGAGAAUGAGAGUGAUGUGCAUGUUGUUGGCUGGAAUGUCUUGGGGGAAACUUGGCCUUAUUUUCGGCCGAAUUUUGUGAAAAUGAAGGAAAUUAUGGUGGAAAGAGGUUACAAUAAGGUUGUGGGGUUUGUGCCAACUGGGUGGACUUACGAAGUGAAACGUAAUAAAUUUGCAGUGAGAUCAAAGGAUUCAUGUGAGAUUCAUCUUGUGCCAUAUAGUGAGCAUUCAAAUUACAAUGAACUCAGGGAGUAUGUGAAGUUUUUGAGACCUAAACGUGUCAUUCCUACUGUUGGUGUGGAUGUUGAAAAACUCGAUAGUAAACAUGCUGCUAAAAUGCAGAAGCAUUUUGCUGGGUUAGUUGACGAGAUGGCUAAUAAGAAGGAAUUUUUAAUGGGUUUUCUUCGUGGGUCGUCUGAGAAUGAUGAGAAGGUUGAAAUGGAUGCUGUCUCAGGCUUGAACGAGGGGCUGACACAGGAGAAAGAGUUAGUGCAGUCAGUUGAAAUGAGAGCCCAUGAGAAUAAUGACACUGUUGCUUGUCUCAACUCCUCAUCUACACUGCAAGAAUCUCCUACACACAAUUUAAGCAUGCUAAAUGAUGAGGAAAGAGAUAAACUCGCUCAUGAAUUGAGUGAUUGUUUGCCCAGGUGGGUUACCCGAGACCAAAUGUUAGAUUUAAUCAGCACUCAUGGGAGGAAUAUUGUUGAAGCAGUUUCUAGCUUUUAUGAACGUGAAAUGGAAUUCCAUGAUCAAUUAAUUUCUUGUAGAGUAACUGUUUCUUCAUCUGAGACGAUUCCAUUAUAUGACUCUGAAUCACCUUCACAACCAGUUUCUAUUAAUACUGAUAGUCGAAGUAUGGGUUUUAUGUCAAGCCAAAACUACAAGGCACCUAGCAAGAAUCCUAAACUAAAGGGUGGUAAUUCUCCUGGAAAAAGGAAAAGGAGCGUUGGCAAUAAGCCUGGCAAGAAAUCAAAAAUUAAUUCAAAGCUGGAAUCUGGCGGUUCGAAGCAAUCCACCAUUACUAAGUUUUUCAAUAAAGUUUUGCCUGAUGCUUCUCAAUUUAGCGUGGUUGCAUCUAUAUCUGAGCAAUGCCCUGGAGACGAAAGUUUGUUGCAAAAUGAUGAUGUUACGGAGUCAUACAGGGAGGAGGUAGAUCAGUUUAUUCAGAUAAUUGAUGGCAAUGAGUCAACAAGAAGUUAUGCUGCCACCAUCCUCAAGAAGACAGAAGGAGAUAUUAACAAGGCUCUGGACAUGCAUUAUGGUAAUCCCAAGGGUAACCUUGGCAAGAGUAUGGAGGCUUUGGUGGUUUCUGGCAAUAUGGUUGAGUAUCAGUGCGAAACUGGCUCCUCUUCUGCCAGGGAGAAAGAAUUGUUUGGAGAAAUAGAAAAUAUGGUUGAUCUAUCCGUUCAGGGAUCAUUAAUAAAAAACGUGGAUGCAACUCUUGUAUCACUACCAACAGAAAAAUAUAAUCCCAUAGAGCAUGCAUGCUGGAAUGGUGGACAACCUGCACCAUAUAUCCAUCUUGCACGUACUUUUGACCUGGUCGAGGCAGAAAAAGGAAAGAUCAAAGCUACUUCAUUAUUGUGCAAUAUGUUUAGAAGUUUGCUGGCAUUGUCUCCUGAGGAUGUGUUGCCUGCUGCCUAUCUGUGCACCAAUAAGAUUGCUGCUGACCACGAAAAUGUGGAACUAAACAUAGGUGGAACCUUGGUCACAUCGGCUUUGGAAGAGGCAUGUGGAACAAACCGGUCUAAAAUAAGGGAAAUGUACAAUAGUAUGGGGGAUCUUGGUGAUGUUGCUCAAGCAUGCCGACAAACACAGACAUUACUGGUUCCUCCCCCUCCCCUUCUUAUUAAAGAUGUAUUUUCUGCGCUGCAGAAGAUAAGUUUACAAACAGGUAGCGGAAGUACUGGUCGAAAGAAGAGCCUCAUUGUGAAUCUCAUGCGUUCUUGUAGGGAGAAUGAGAUGAAGUUUAUUGUCAGAACUUUGGUAAGGAAUUUACGGAUUGGAGCAAUGAUGAGAACUAUCCUACCUGCUUUAGCUCAAGCUGUUGCUUUGAAUUCCUUUUCUUCUGAUGAAUGUAAAGCUGAGAAUGUGAAGGAGAGACUUCAGUACAUUUCCACAGCAGUGGUUGAAGCUUAUAACAUCCUUCCUACUCUGGAUUUGGUUGUUCCUUCACUCAUAAAUGAAGGCGUUGGAUUUUCAUCGUCAACUUUAUCAAUGGUUGCUGGGAUACCUCUUAAACCAAUGCUUGCAAAAAUUACAAAUGGAGUUGCUCAAGUACUGAAGCUCUUUGAAAAUAAAGCUUUUACAUGUGAAUACAAGUACUGUGUUUGUGAAGAAAACCUAGUAGUCACAUCAAAGUGCGUACUAGCACUUUAUGCUUACGACAGUGGAGAUUCCGGAUACGAUGGUCAGCGUGCCCAAAUUCACAAAAUGCCAAAUGGCACUGUACGUAUCUAUUCACGAAAUGGGGAUGAAACAACUUCUAGGUUUCCUGAUUUGAUCAAGAUAAUUGAGGAAUCUUGUAAACCUGCUGCAGUGACUUUUAUAGUGGAUGCAGAGGUAGUUGCAGUUGAUAGAAAGAAUGGCUGCAAGCUCAUGUCCUUUCAAGAGCUAUCUUCAAGGGAGAGAGGGAGCAAAGAUUCUUCCAUUGCUGUGAAUAAGAUAAAGGUUGAUAUAUGCGUGUUUGUCUUUGAUAUCAUGUUUGCUAAUGGAGAACAGCUGUUGGAGCUUCCUCUCCGCCAAAGGCGACGAUACUUGAAAGACUUGUUUUGUGAUGAGAGAUUAGGUUGUUUUGAAUAUGCGAAGGAGAUGACGGUUGAAGCACAGGAUGCUUGUUUGACCAAUGAUUCAACUUUGACCAAGAUGAAAUCUUUCCUUGAAGAUGCUUUGCAGUCCUCGUGUGAAGGGAUUAUGGUGAAAUCUCUAGAUAUGGAUGCUGGAUACUGUCCAUCAAAACGGACUGAUGCAUGGUUAAAGGUCAAGAAGGAUUAUGUUGAAGGACUCAAUGAUUCUCUUGAUUUAGUCCCGAUUGGUGCUUGGCAUGGAAAUGGGAGAAAAGCAGGAUGGUAUAGUCCAUUCCUCAUGGCAUGUUACAACCCUGAGACUGAGGAAUUCCAAAGUGUGUGCCGUGUCAUGUCUGGGUUCUCAGAUGCUUUUUAUAUAGAGAUGAAAGAAUUCUUCUCUGGAGAUAGGAUCUUGGCCAAAAAGCCACCAUACUAUCGAACUCUGGAGGCGCCGGAUAUGUGGUUCUCUCCAGAAGUUGUUUGGGAAAUAAGAGGUGCUGACUUUACAAUUUCACCCGUUCACCAGGCUGCUGUUGGUUUAGUUCAUCAAUCUCGUGGCAUCUCAAUCAGAUUUCCAAGAUUUAUUCACUCCAUAUCGGAUAGAAAUCCAGAGGAAUGUAGCACAGCAGCAGAUAUAGCUGAAAUGUUUAAUUCUCAAACAAGGAAGAUGGACGUGACAGCUGAAAGAUGAUUAUUAUCCCAGCAAUCUCUACAUAAGCCCUUGUUGCCAAAGUUUGUUUGAGGCGAUGUGUUAAAAGGCUAUUCCAAUUUCUUGUUUAUAAGAUGGCCUGUUGCCAUGUUUUGUAGCCUCUUUUGGCUGUUGCAUAGCCUUGUGAUGAACAAACAUGAUGCUUAGACAAUUUUUGAAUUACUAUCAAUUGA